UUUUUCCAGGGUGUUGGAAUCAUAUAAAGCAUCAUUAUAAACAUCAGUUGGUGGUGUAUAAAUAUAGCAGUGCUGUGAUAGGCUAUAGAGAUGUCUCAGACAUAUGCCUCAAGUCAGAGAGAGAGCUCUGACUUUUGGGUCUUUGAUUCAGGGCCUGAUGUGGACCCACGCAAAGUAGAAACUAUUUUAGAUGGCCGUGUAGUGUGGAGGCGUUUCUAAGCAAGAACACUAGUAAUUGAUAGCUUUUAUUGAGAACUUUAUUAUGUUCGAGGCAUUGUGAUAGACAUCUGAUUAUAUAUUUUUGUUAUUACAGUAACAGUAUGAAGGACACAUUUCCUGUUAUUUUACAGAAUGGUGUAACUUGGAGAGUUACAAUAUAUUUCCAAGACUUUCAGCUGAACUCUCAUCUCUCAACACUGGCAAAUAUUCAUAAGAUCUACCACACCCUUAAUAAGCUAAAUCUAACAGAAGACGUUGGCCAAGACGAUCACCAAACAGGAAGCCUGCGAUCUUGCAGUUCUUCGGACUGCUUUAGUAAAGUGAUGCCCCCAAGGAAAAAGAGAAGACCUGCCUCUGGAGAUGACUUAUCUGCCAAGAAGAGUAGACAUGAUAGCAUGUAUCGAAAAUACGAUUCAGCUAGAAUUAAGACCGAAGAAGAGGCCUUCUCAAGUAAGCGGUGCUUAGAAUGGUUCUAUGAAUAUGCAGGUACUGAGGAUGUUGUGGGUCCUGAAGGAAUGGAGAAAUUUUGUGAAGACAUUGGUGUAGAACCUGAAAAUGUAGUUAUGCUUGUGCUGGCUUGGAAAUUGGAUGCACAAAACAUGGGUUAUUUUACUCUACAAGAAUGGUUAACAGGAAUGACUUCUUUACAAUGUGAUACAACAGAAAAACUCAGAAAUUCUUUGGAUUGCUUGAGAUCAUUAUUAAAUGAUUCUACAAACUUUAAGCUUAUAUAUAGAUAUGCAUUUGACUUUGCACGGGAAAAGGACCAGCGCAGCCUAGACAUAAACACUGCCAAGUGCAUGUUGGGACUGUUAUUAGGAAAAAUCUGGCCCCUUUUUCCAGUUUUUCACCAAUUCUUAGAGCAAUCAAAAUAUAAAGUGAUUAACAAAGACCAGUGGUGCAAUGUACUUGAAUUCAGCAGAACAAUUAAUCUUGACCUCAGCAACUACGAUGAAGAUGGAGCAUGGCCAGUCUUGUUGGAUGAGUUUGUGGAGUGGUAUAAAGACAAACAGAUGUCCUAGGACUAUAUGUAUAGCAGCGCGAGAGUCACUGUUACCAGUUAUGUCACCCAUUAGCCAUAAAUUGCUGUUUGUAUCAAAGCGCAUGCUGCUUCCCUUGCACUGUCUCCCCUUUGCAGGGAUGUUUUGGUGUUUGCUGUCGAAUGGGCCAGCUCUGCUUGCUGUGUAGCAUUGUUCUCUUGGAAGGCUGCUUUCCAGUUUGUAUUUACACUACAGAUUGGUGAAUUUGCCAAUGUGUCCUCACUGUGAUUAUGUGUAUAUUGCUGUUUAAAUUUUGUAUAUGUGUAUAAAAGCUUCACCUAGAGAUUAUUUCUGCAAAAAUGUAUUGUAAAAAUAAUUUUGUGGCAUAUUUCUAGUCCCUUUUUUCAAAUGAACCAGUUAUAUUUUAUUUGGUCUCAAAUGUAGCAUUUCAGAAAACAAGACAAAACAACCAUUACCAGAGCAAAUGUUGCCAGAAUUAAUCUUACUGUUUAAGAGGCCAAUAUCUGGAAGAGGAGGUAGGAGUGAUAACUUUUCAGUGGCUCAUGCCAAAUAGCAUUUGAUUUACUUAAUAAUAUUAGCAUUUUAAAAUUAUGAAAGUUACAAUUAUUGACCAUGUGCACAUGUAACAUGCUGCAAAUGGUUUUCACCAGGCAAGAUAAUAGUUUUUUUAUUUUUAACGUUAAAACUGUAGUAGCUUGAAUACAGGUACAGAUGAACAAAUUGAAAUUGCACCUUUUUUAAAAAUUGGGGUUUAAAUUCUCAUAAACUUUCUUUAAUUUUUUUUUCUUUUUUACCCUUUUACAUUCCUUCAGCCAGUGUUUGGUCUGCUGAUGCUCCUUAUGCCAAGCUGACUAAAGUUUAUUUUGCUGUCUCCAUGAAAAUCUACUGGCUUCCUGGCAUUUAUAACUGCAGAGCACUUUUAGUUGUGGCUUGAAUGUUUUCAGUUAGAUUUCAUGAUGUCUAAUUUCCUAGUUUUUUGGAAAAUAAACUGUAAGAGAGGUGUUUUGUUUUGUUUUCCUUGUUUAUUUCAUGCUAGGCUUUUCCUGGCAACGUGUUCAUUGCAGGCAGUGGACAUGAAACCACCAGCAUCGAGCUAACCCGUACCACACUGCAGGACCUUUUCCUAAAGGGGCCACUUGUCAUUACCUGAAUCAUUUGUACAGAAGAGUGAUAGCCAUUAUUUAUGUGUAUGAGGAAACAAGGAUGGUAUGUUUAGAUUUGUAUUUUAUGUCUUUUUUUUUGCCUUGAGAUGUAUAGAUUAGGUCAUGCCCCCCCACACCUGGUGCUAAUUGCCCUAAAGUUUUGUGAACAUACAACAGUCCAAUGAUUAACCAAGUACAAUGCCAAGGUGCAUUUGAGCUAGUGAUUGCUGAGGUUGUGAGCAAUAUCCAUGCUUGAGCAUGUAAUGAUUUGGAGUAUUGGCCAAAAAUUUUUUUAGGUAAAAUGUGAACCUUUAAAUGAUGUUAAAUGAGUAAAGCACACAGACAAUGCUACUCUUGACCAUUGUUUUACAGUUUCUUUUCCAAAUGGUGUUCUGAUUUUCAUAUUAUUUUUUCCCUAACUGAACCACCAAAGACAGAAAUUUUGUGUAUAUAGUGUGUGUGCAUAUACAAAAUCAUGAUAUGGUAGAAUGCAGCUAUUUCCUUUUUCUUCUGAAAAAUAAGGUUUGGUUUGCUGUGAAAUAAACCAGAAGUUUUAAAAACCGUAGUGAUUAAACAUACUUAACCAUUCCUUGUUUUUAGUCUCACUUUUAACCUUAGAAAUUUAUGUCAGUUUGCAUAAAUUGCUAUCUGGAAAGAAAAGGAAAUGUCAGUAGUAUACAACAGCUAUUGAGACUGCCGUAUUGAAAGGUGGUCUUAUUCAUGUUAUCAUACUGGGGAUUGGCCAUUGGCAGGUUUGGAUCUGUGUAGAGUUGCCUUAUUUUCAGAUGUAUCCCAGUGAAAUGUUUAAAAAAUCACACUUUAAAGGCAACAGGUCUUAAAUUUGAUAAUUUCUGUUUUCCUGAAAGCAAACAUAAAUAUAGAUGAAAUUCUUUUAAAUGUUACGUUAGAAUUUGGAGAAUUUUUUAAAUACUAAGCCUAGUUAAUUUUAAAAGGAUUGUAAUAAGGGGGAAGUGGUACAUUUCAUCGACGGUGAACAUUUUGAUAAGAGAAAGUCCAAGUAAAACCACCUUUAUGUGAAAGUAAGUAUACCAGUGGGAUAAUCUUGCAUAUUUAGAAAACAAAUCUCUAAACUACCCUGAAAAAUGAGCCUCUGUAACUGCUGGUCACAGAGUAGUUCUUAGUUUUCUUCAUUUUAUGGAUUUUUUUGUUUUGUUUUGUUUUGGUUUGGUUUGGUUGGUACUGGGG